AGAUACCAGUAGGUGAUCCUUUCUUUUAGUAGGAUCAGGUCACAUGUCUUCGUGAACCGUACCUGCUGGGACUUUCUCCAUCAGUACCUUCUUGUUCCUUGCCUGGGAUUUGCUGGGUAACGCAGUGUGCCUCUUUGCCUGGCUCCAUAUAGAGCCCGACAGGAAUUUGGACAGAGUGGUACGGACAUCGCCGACAGAGACCAUGAUCCCUGACUAUCCCUUUCAGUGCAGUCUUAUGACUAAGACCCCAUUCCGCUACAUAUUAAAGAAGGGCAGAGACCUGGAUCUGAACACAGGAACACAGCAGAACGACAGCACAAAGCAACUCCACUUGUCUUACGCUGCAGGUGUGACAACACAGCAUUCUGCCUUCAUGUGGCCCCCUUUCAUCCCUGCCCUUCUCUGGUCCUUUUGUUCCUUAAAUGUUGGAAGCUGUGAGAAAAAUGAGGACCCCAAGCCCCUGAAAGCAGAGUUUGCCUUCACCCUGUACCAGGGUGUAGCGGAGCUUGAGAACGGAACUGACCUCCUAAUUUCUCCUGCAAGCAUUUCACUUGCCUUAGGACUUCUUCGGCUUGGAGCUCAAGGGAACACUUUUGCGCAGCUGGAGCGUGCUCUGGGAUACAACUCUCAUGAUCAAGGUGUGCCCACACUACAUAAAGACGGGACCAACUCAAGCCGAGAGACUGUAGCCCAGCUGGCCUGUGCCCUCUUCAUUCAAACCGGAAGGAGCCUUUCGCCUCAGUUCAUUCAAUAUGCUGCAAUCUGGGCAAAUGACACAGUACGACACACUAACUUCAGCGAGCCUAACAGGACCACAGCUCAGAUAAAUGAAUGGAUUGCUGCAAACACUGGAGAUGGAGAGCCAAAUUCCCUUUCUUUGCAAGCCAUCGACUCCCCCUUUAACCAGAUAGCUUUGGUGAGCACCAUGUACUUCAAAAGCACUUGGCAAAGGAAGUUCACCUUUACACAUACUCAAGCUUUGACUUUUACCACUGCAGACGGCUUCAUCCUGAAAGUGCCGACGAUGUAUCUUAGCGCUGAAGUGAACUAUGGGGAAUUCAUGACAGACCAUCUGGAAUGGAUCAGUGUGGUGGAAUUGCCCUAUUUGGGUGAGCAUGUCAGCAUGUUUGUGAUACUUCCAUCUGACAAGAGAACAUCAUUAGCCCAGACUGAGAGAUACCUCACUGCCAAAACCUUCUCAGUGUGGUCCAAUAGCUUGAGGAGAACAAAGAUGGAUAUAUUUCUCCCAAGGUUCAGAAUUCAGAACCACUUGGACCUCAAAAUGGUAUUACCUGCAUUAGGAAUUACAGAUAUGUUUGAUCCAGUUGUGGCAGAUUUUACUGGUAUUUCAGAACAGGGAAGUCUGUUCAUCUCAGAAGCCAUCCACAAAGCAAAGAUUGAAGUGACAGAAGAUGGUACAAAGGCCUCAGGUGCUACAGCUAUGGUGUUGCUAAAAAGAUCCCGGGCUGCUGUCUUCAAAGCUGACAGACCUUUUAAUUUUCUUCUCAGACAAGCCAGUACAGGUUCCAUCCUGUUCAUAGGAAGACUUACGAAUCCCACGGAAUAAGCUUGUCAGACCUACGCUUUCUUCUUCAAUCACUAUUCUCAUAGUCAAACUAAAGCAUACCAUGAAGAUUUAAAAUGUAAAUUUUAAGUCUUGUAAAGGUCAAGAAGUUGUAACUUGAGACUGUAAAUAAACAGUGAUUCACCCCGCCUCCCAAA